UUAAAUCAAUAACAAAACCUCACAAUUCGUGUAUCUUUAUAUGUGCUCUUAAUAUAACUAGCAUGGAGUUUUCAGAUGUUGUAUUUAACCCUAGCACCCCAUUAGUUUCUUCUUCUUCUUCUUCAACCUCUAAUAAGAAGCACACUAUUGGUAUUGAGCCUCUUGAUCUUUUUCCAAGCACAAGUUAUUCUUCUCUGGAGCCCAUGCCAUUGUUAAGCUCCUUAAUUAGUUCAGAAGAGCAAGCAUUCAGUAGUGAAAACCCUAAAGAAAGCAUUGAUAGAGACAAAGAGGAUGUUACUGUAGCCUUACACAUUGGCCUUCCUGAUUAUUCUCAAAUCUCCGUCAGUUCGAGUACUAAAGGUAAUACCAAUGUAGCAGCUAAACAAUAUUGGAUACCGACUCCUGAACAAAUACUCAUCGGCUUUACUCAUUAUUCUUGCCAUGUCUGCUUUAAGACCUUCAACCGCUACAACAAUCUUCAGAUGCAUAUGUGGGGCCAUGGAUCACAAUAUCGAAGAGGGCCUGAAUCACUGAAGGGAACCCAACCACGAGCCAUGUUAGGGAUUCCCUGCUACUGUUGUGCAGAAGGGUGCAAAAACAAUAUACAACAUCCGAAAGCAAAGCCUCUAAAAGAUUUUCGAACAUUACAAACUCACUACAAAAGAAAGCAUGGGUUAAAACCCUUCAUGUGUAGAAAAUGUGGAAAAUUCUUGGCUGUGAAGGGUGACUGGAGAACCCAUGAGAAAAACUGUGGCAAACGUUGGCUUUGUAUUUGUGGUUCUGACUUUAAACACAAGAGAUCACUCAAAGAUCACAUUAAAGCAUUUGGCUCAACAUGCCAUGGCCCUUUUCCUCCUAUUCCUCCUUCAUCAUCUUUUGAUGGGUUUGGGCUGUUUGAUAGUACCUUUGCUCUUGUUUAAAAUUGUUAAACGAAUUAGACUUGAGGAUACGUAUAACUUCGCUGUAAGUCUAUAAUGUAUCAUCUAGAAUAAGCAUCCAUAUAUUGAUACUUGGUAGUAGUAUGUAUUUGUCGUGCCUUAUAUAUUGUAACUGUUUA